AUGGCUUCCAAAGUUUUCAUCGUCACAGGCGCCAGCCGCGGCCUCGGGCUCGCCAUUGCAAAGUACCUCCUCGAGGCUUCGCACCGAGUUGUCCUCGCCGCCCGGUCCAAGGACAAGCUCGAGGAGCUCAAGACGGCGUACCCCACGCAGGUCGAGUAUUCUGUACCGCAGGUUGCGCACCACGCCAGCAAGACGUUCGGCAGGAUCGACGGUAUCGUCAUCAACCACGGCGUCUUGACGCCCCUCAGCCGGCUGGAAAAUGGCUCCAUCGAGGAAUGGAGAAAGAGCUACGACAUCAACGUGUUCAGCGGAUUGGCAAUUGUGCAAGCUGCGCUGCCGGAGCUCAGGAAAUCCAAGGGCAGCGUCCUAUGGGUUUCCUCCGGCGCUGCCACCAAAGCCUACACGGCUUGGGGUGCAUACGGCUCGUCCAAGGCCGCCAUGGACCACAUUUCUGCGCACCUGGCAGUGGAAGAGCCCGACAUCACCACCGUUGCCGUCACCCCUGGCCGCGUCGACACGGACAUGCAGAAGCUCAUCCGGGAGGGAGGCAAGGAUGCGAUGAACGCCAAAGACCACUCGGCCUUCUCCUCAGCCUACGACAACGGCGAGCUCGUCAAGCCAGAGCAACCCGGCCACGUCAUGGCGCGGUUCGUAAUCGACCCUGAUCACAGCCUCACAGGCAAGGUGCUGAAGUGGCAGGCGAGUGAGCUUGCAGCAUACCAAGACAAGUAG